CUGUGGCGGGAGUACAGCCGGCUGGCAGGGCCGCACCCUGCCCUCUGCAGCCCGACAGCUGAGGUGGGCUAUGCCCGGGCUGCUGUGGAGAUGCUGCUGAGGGUCCUGGUGCCCCAGCCCCACCUGGAGAUGAGGACAGGACGCUUUGUGGUAGUGGAGUUGGUCGCCUGCAACGUGCUGCUGCCAGCCAUCAGGAAGAUGGCUGAUCCUGACUGGAUCAACCUGCUGCUCAUUGGGGCUUUCUCCAAGAAGCCCCGGGGUGAGGAGCCACCCCCUGCACCCCCAGUGCCUGACUUUUUGCCCUUCACGGUGCAGACGGACACUGCCCCGGCCGGGCUUCCCCCCUCCCCAAGGGCCAUGGAGGUGCCUGGGCGAGAGGGAGGGGCUGCUGGUGAGGAGGGAGAGGACAUGGCAAGCGGGCUGUGCCACACAGAGGAGCCCUUCCUCCGCCCACGAGUUCUGGGCUCCCUCUUCCCCUGCGAGGGCUUGGAGCUGGAGUCCCCUGCGCCCGAUGCGGGCCAGGACACAGACCUGCUGGCACCAUCACCCGCAGGGGAGUUCCUCGAUGAACCCCUUCAGGAUGCAUCUGCUGUGCUGGAGGGACUGGCCACUUCUGAGGAUGGCAUGGGGGACCUGGAGGAGGGCAUUGCCACCAGCUUGGAUGCUGGCAUGCCUCCCACCUCUGCUUUUGCGCUGAGCUCCUGCCCUGACAUCCAGAUUGACCCGGCAGUUGAGAAAGAAGAAGAAAGCCUGGCUGUCCUCAAAAAGUCCUCUUCACAGAGGCCCUCCAGCUUGGGGAAAGAUCUGGGAGCAGCAGAGGGCCCACCACAAAGCCCCCCAGACCCGGGGCAGGCACUGCCCCUGCUCUCAUCCUCCCCAACAACUUCCAUCAGCACCUUCAGCUUUGAGCCCCUCAGCAGCCCCGAUGGGCCGGUUGUCAUCCAGAACCUGCGGAUAACUGGGACCAUCACUGCCCGAGAGCACAGUGGGACUGGUUUCCACCCCUACACCCUCUACACCGUCAAGUAUGAGACAGCCCUGGAGAGUGAGAGCGCAGGCAGCCUUCAGCAAAUGGCUUACCACACCGUGAACCGCCGUUACCGGGAGUUCCUCAACCUCCAGACCAGACUGGAGGAGAAACCGGAGCUCCGCAAGUUCCUGAAAAAUAUCAAAGGCCCCAAGAAACUGUUCCCUGAUCUCCCGUUUGGAAACAUGGACAGCGAUAAAGUGGAAGCCAGAAAAAGUCUGCUAGAGUCUUUCUUGAAGCAAUUGUGUGCAGUCCCCGAGAUUGCAAACAGUGAGGAGGUGCAGGAGUUCCUUGCCCUGAACACUGACGCCAGGAUCGCGUUCGUCAAGAAGCCCUUUGUUGUCUCCAGGAUAGACAAGAUCGUUGUCAAUGCCAUUGUGGACACCUUGAAGACGGCAUUCCCCAGGUCAGAGCCCCAGAGCCCCACGGAGGAUCUCAGCGAGUCUGAAGUGGAUGGGAAGUCUCAGACAGAUGGGAAGAAGGCUAACAAGUCUAGGCUGAGGUUCUCAUCCAGUAAAAUUGCUCCUGUGCUGAGUGUGAGUGAAGCACACAACAGGAUUGUGUACUCUAUCAGGGAGGGCAGCACUGUCUCGGGCACCCUGUCACUGGCUGCUAUGGAAUCCUUCAUCCAGAAGCAGGAGAAGCUGCUGGAAGCAGUCCCCAGCAAAGCUCCCGAAGGCGAGGGAGCUAAGGAAAGCACCGUGCAGGAGGAUAUGGAUGAGUUGGGCACAUCGGAGCAGAAGGCACAUCCGGACACAGACUCUGACUCUGAGACAGCUUUGGCUGACCUGGCCCUGGAUGUGCUUCGUCUGCUGCUGAUGGAUCACUGGAGCUGGCUGUGCACAGAGAACAUCCAGAAGGUCUUCCACCUGCUCUUUGGGACCCUCAUUCAGAGGUGGCUUGAAGUCCAGGUGGUUAACCUGACCUGCACCCAGCGUUGGGUCCAGUACCUCCAGUUGCUGCAGGAAUCCAUCUGGCCCGGAGGAGUUUUACCAGCAGUGCCUAAACCAGCCAGAACAGAGGAACAGAAGAAAGCAGCAGCAGAGCAGGCCCUGCAGAGCCUGAUGGGGAUCUUGCCUAAUGUGAUCCAAGAAAUCCUUGGAACCAGUAAAUGUCGGAUGAGCUGGAACCUGGUAUUGGAGUCCCUGGGCCAGCCUGUGAUAAACAGGCACCUGGUUUUCUGCCUCUUGGACAUUCUGCUGGAGUUCUUGGUUCUGAAGGGCUCCAGCAAUGAACUCGAGACCACAGCUGUCGCGCCACCCGGCUCUAGUGGCCUGGACAAAGCAGGCAUUUCAGCACAUUAACCAGGGCUGGUGUAGCCAGCAGUGAAGGAGAGCAGCAGCCACAGGCACGGGAUGAUUUGAUUUUCAGUGUUUACUGAACAUGUCUGGGAGCUUCUUGUAAAGAAUUUUUCCAGUCAGUGCUAAAUGAGGCUGCUUCCAGGCUUCUCUGUUUCAGCUGGGUGAUGGAUUAAACCCAGUGCCGGGGGCUGAAGAUGCUUUUCUGCCAUGUAGCAUCUGUUCCAUUGCUGACCUGAUGGAGAGCCUGGAAUGAAGAUGCCUGACUUCUGCUGAGCUGGACAGUCUGAGAAGGAUAUGCAGGCUGCCCACAAGCCCUGUUGUCUUGCCCCACAUUUCUGAACAUCUCUAACAUCUAAAGGCAACCAGCACACAAGAUUUUGCUUUUGUGGCCUCAGGCUCCACCUGACACUGGCAUGCAGAGACUUGAUGUGAUGGUAUCUUACUGAUUAGAUGUUUCUCCAGGACAGGUGAAGGGAGGACCACAUGUUGUCCCUGCUCUCUAAGCAGCCUGCCCUGUGCCUACGCUGCACCAUCCAUUUUACCAGAAGGAAGAUGGAGAGAGAAUGGAGCGUGGAGAUGUAGUGACGCUGGCUUCAGGGACCCAUCCCCACUGCCCAAAUAACUGGGAGGUCAAAAGCAGUGCAGAAAUCAAAGCUGCUGUCAUGCCUUAGGGACAGAGAUAAGCCGCCCCCCGCUCCCGCUGCUCUGACAUGGUCUUGUUGGGGCAUCUUUUGCUGCCUGAACAGUGGGAUGCAAGUAGGGUAGACUGUGGUCCUGGAAAAGAGAACUGUCACCAGGCUAAAGAAGAAUGGUAGCCUAGCUGGACUUUAGGAUUACUUUGUGUUUUGCCUGCUGAGUCACGUUUUACACCCCACCUGGAAGGCACAGGAGAAAAGGAGCCGACUGACGUGUGACAUACAACAAGUAAAUUGGCUCCUACACAAAAGUGCUUUUGACAGUAAGCUCUGGAAGAGGAGUGAGCACCCCUGAGCCCAGGAGGAAUACCGGAUGCAUGCCACGGACAGCCAGCCAGCAGGUUAGACCACAGCGAUGAGCUUGAGAGCACCACCUGAGCUCUGUUGUUGAGUGCUAUGUCACCGUGCUUUGGUUUACUAUGCCUGCUAUUGCAACAGCUGUGUGCAGAGGGCUCUAGAAGGCUUGUCAGGUCACGACGUCCAGUGCCACCCGGCACAGAACGGCAUGUUGAUUUGGCAGCUGCUUUUCCGGGUCAUCCAACAUUUGAGUGGUUUUGCAAGCUUAUGUUGCCCAGCUGUCAGGUUUGUGACAGGGCAGAUGGACAUGGAGAAUAUGGACACGGAGAAUAUGCGCCAACAGACCGGUUUGGUGACCUGUUUGGGUGUAUUUCCUGGGAGAAAUAUGAACUGACGGACGCUGGACUUGGCUGAUCAAGGCAAUACUGUUCCUGGCGUUCUCUACAGAUUAAAGCGCUUAGGAGAGGAGACCUCGCAAGAGGGAAGUGUGCAGGAUCCCAGCUAGUUUCCACAUUACAGUACCAAACAGUGCAUUUCCUAUCACCUGCUGUUUCUUGGAGUUGGAUAUGCUGUGGCAUGUUUGGAGAGAAGGUCCUGUAACUCCAGCAUGCGUACUACUGGAAGCAUAUUUUGCUCUUUCCAGAGGCAGCUGCUUAAUAAUGGACACAUGGUGGUGUUUGCUUCUUUGUGUUUCUGUUGUGUGAGUGUGUGUAUGUUGCAUGAAAAUACAAGGACGGAUUAGUUUGCUGCCAGCAAGUGUAUUUUUAGGGAGCUCCAAGGGCACUGCAAAGUAGUUUUGCAUCGCUUAUCAGAGCCAUUUCUCGGCAGUGACACUUUUGAGAUGGUAGACUUGCCACCUGCUUGGAAAAGAAGGCAGCAUGUACACUACGUAGCUUAAGAGUCAGUUAGGCAAAGCGUUGGAGAAUGCUCCGUGUGGGAUAAUCCCAAAUGGCCAAGCAGCAGGUUGGGAAGCAGGACUCCCAUGUAUCCUCAAGCACAAUACUUGCUCAGAGCAGCCGCUUUGGCCUCUCCUUCACUGCCAGGCUCCUAUUUCCCUUCUUUUUCCUACUACUUCCAUUUAUUACAUCAGCUCUCUUGAGGAGUGGGAGAAGGCAGUAGGAGGAGGAGCCAUCAGCCCAGGAUGAUGUGUCAUAGCCCUGUUGUGCUGGGUGGCUUCCCAGAUGCUCUUGGUGUGCUUGCUUGCUGUGGCUUCCUCAUUGAUGUUACGGCUUUGGAGCUCCAAGACUGUAAUCUGUCAUUGAUUAGGGAUAUCGGUAAAAGGCUGUUUGCUGGAAAGGAUGUCAAUAAGAGACUGUUUGCUGGAAAGGAUCGUUCAGAGAUGGACUGCAAACUGCGCACUCCCAGCUCCACGUGAGGGCAAAGGUCUAGCACAGUCAUUACAGGCACUGGAUGCGGUGUUGGAAGAACGAGGUUACGCUUCUCCUAGCAUACCUGCCUUUAACCCUGACCUUUGAUGUUUUGUGAAUGACUCAAUAUUUGUUUCACCUGAUGGAAAUAACUUGCCGUUUCUGCUGGCAGGCUCCCAGGAGCAUGGCUUGAGAGCCAGUGCUUCACUGGGGUGGUGUGACAACGAUUUGCGGUUGUACCAGACAGCUGCCUGGUCUGAGCAUCCCCUGCACCUCUCGUGCGGGGCCCUCGAAGCCUGCACUUUGCAGACUUGCUCACAUGGCAAAGUAGCAACAUCUCCUCUCUGUUUAAAUGGGAGGAGCUGGGGCAAAGAGAUGAAGUAGGUUUACUUGUGUGCGCUCUUAAGUCAGCGGCAGGGUCGGGAACAGACCCCAGGAGUCUGGAUUUGCAAGAUCUUUUCUUUUAAUCUCCAGAACCCGCUUUCUUUUCUUAAAGUGAGGAAAACAGAAACCAGGGUUGCCCGAGCCCUUUCUCAUGCUCUUACUGGCUAGGCUUCAAAAUCCCGUUCUCUCCUUCAUAGAUCUUAGCCCAUUCUCACAGCUGAGGUGAAGCUGCCCAGGAACAGCCUAGGAACAAGUAGCCCUUCUCUGUAUCUUGUUGUCAAGGAAUACAAAAUCCAAUCAAAAGUUCAGCUUUUUUCUAAUGCCAGUUCUUUGCCUCGCUGUAAUUUUUGGAUUAAAUCGAGCACGAUGGUGGCAAAGGCAAACUUCUGCAUUCAGGUGGGCUGAAAGUUUAUUUCCAUUGGACUAAGACUAGACAUACGGCUUUAGUAAAACAAGCAAGGCCAACAAAACCCCCCAACUUUAACUCGCUCUGUGUGUGUAAUAUUCCCAGAAAGCUCCCUUUUUCUGCAGGACUUCGUAUAGAAGGCUUCAGCCACCUCUUGCUAAAGGGAAGUGCUGAGAGCAGCCAGAUUGGAUCUUGAGAAAAAGGUGCAGGCUUCUGUCAUCGUAUCGGGUACAGAGCUGCACGCGGUUCAGGUGGGUGCUCAGCUCUCUGGGUCCUACUGGACGUACACGAUCUGCUUCCAGCCUGCGUGGCACUGAGGAAAGCAUUUCAUUUCCCCUGCCUCAGUUUCCCCCAGCACUCCUCGUUAGACUGCGAGCUCACUGGAAGCAGGGGCUUGGAACUCAGUGGUACAGAGCUUUGAAGCAGCACCGUAACCUAAAUAGUUGGGUUUGUGUUGAGCCAGAGCUGCUUUUUAGGUUGUUUUCAGGAAAAACGAGUGCCGCCACCGUGUAUGGGCUCCCUCUCGUGUUCCCUGUGGUCAAACCCCUGUACUGGCAGUCUGUGGGCGCAGCUGCUCAAGUCUGUGUAGAAGAGCACUGUCUUGAAAACCUAUUUUGUUGUUAAACGGGGAGCAAACGGCUGCUCCCGAGCACGUGUGACGUUCUGACUCUGUGUACAAUAAUACUCUGUUUCAAACCUGUUUCUGCGUUUGGGUUUAAAAUUCACCUUUGCCAAGAAACUGCCUGUAAGACGGCCCUUGGGAAGGGAAGAGCAAGCAGGGAAGAGGCAAGAAAGCCCAUGUGGGAGUGGGAAUUGGGAAGCAGGCAUCUCCCCGAGUGUCACGAAAUGCCUGGCUGGGGGAGUGCUGGUGGCAGUGGGUCUGGGAGAACGGUUUGCCCUCCUGGCACACGGUGGCAUUAGCGGGACUGCUCAGACAUGGGAAAGACCAAAGUCCUUAGGAGCUUGGUCAGAAAUGGGAACAGUUUUCCCAUCUCUGGUGGCAUCAGCAUGGCUUC